CAUACAUUUUACGUUUGUUGCGGUGCUAAUGUUAAUAUUUAUUUUAAAUUAUUGUUAAUAAAAGUGUGAAGAUAAGAUUUAUAUUGAUGACGUUAUCCGUGCAGCGCGGUUAAUAUUCUAUUUCAGCACAUUGAAGUGAAUGCAAGUAAAUAACACAAUGGUUGAAGUACAAAUCCCUUUCUUGCUGUUAUCAAUUUUAAUGCUCAGUGCCAAGGCCUCUGAGCAUUUGGCUUCCUGGGACAAGUCUUUGAUUAGAGAUAGAAGGGAAGUACACUCAAGCAUUGUCGAUGACUCACAAUGUGCAGAAGUAAAAAGACUUUGCCCUGAUUUAAGUGAGAACGAGGAUAUUCUGGUAUUGGAAUGCCUGCAGUCGCUCAAUCCAAAUGUAUUAGCCAAGCUCAAUGACAAUUGUCAACAUGUUGUUUGGGAACAUACCAGGAACAUUAUUAAGGAUGAUAAUGUUAGGGAUUUCCUGUUACCCUCAUGUAAAUCAGAAUUGGACCAGAUGAAUUGCCAAGUGGAAUCCAGUGGGUUAUAUCUCAAGUGCAUUGUUAAUAACAGGGCAGACAUAAAGAGUAGUGACUGUGUUCAAGCAGUCAUCAGGCUAGAAAAUGUUGCCUUUUAUGAUUACCGGUGGAUUGCCAAUUUCUUAAACCAUUGUGAUAAGGCUAUUAAAGUCCAUCAAUGUGGAAGAAUUGACCAUGACAGAUUAUCACAAUCAGAAACUAUAGUGUGCCUGCAGAACAAGUUCUCAGAAAUUGAGGAAGAAUGUAAGAAGGAGGUUUUAAAACUAUCUGAGAUUCAAGCUGAUAGCAUAAAAUUGGACAGGCAGUUGUAUAUGGCCUGUGCUGAGGAUCAGAUGAGAUAUUGCAGACAAUUUGCUCCAGGAAGUGGAAGGGUCUUCAACUGCUUGCUACAAUAUAAAAUUGAUAAACUGUCUGAACAAUGUCAGAUUCAUAUAGUGAGAAGACAGAAACUUAUUUCACAAGAUUACAGAAUUAGCAAAGGCCUGAUGAAGAGUUGCAAAGAUGACAUCAAGAAAUCUCAUUGCAGAAGACAAACAUCUGAUGAUAAGUCUAUUAGAUUAGCUCAAGUAUUAUUGUGUUUAGAGAAUGUUGUUAGAAAUGGCACAAAAAUUGAUCCUGACUGUGAAAUAGAGUUAGCUGACCACAGGAAAAUUUUGAUGGAAGACUUCAGACUGUCUCCAGAGAUUGUUGAUGGUUGUGCUAAUGAAAUUAAAAAGUAUUGCGCAGAUGCAGAAGUUGGUGGUAAAACAAUUCAUUGUUUAAUGGACCAUGCUAGAUUGAAGAACAGUAAAAAUAGAAUUGGUGAUGUUUGCCAAAGAGCUCUGGAAACUUUGGUCAAAGAAACUGAUAUUGGUGAAGAUUGGAGAGUGGAUCCAGUUCUUCAUGAAGCUUGUAAUCCAGUCGUGCAAGCUGCUUGCAGAGGAGUACGAGGUGGAGAUGCGCGUGUAAUGUCCUGCUUGAUGGAUAACAUUGGAGCUGAUCAUAUGACUGAGGAAUGCGAAGACGCUUUAAUCCAAAUCCAAUAUUUCGUUGCAAGGGAUUUCAAAUUGGAUCCUCAGCUCUACAGAUCUUGCCGCGAAGAUGCCACUAGAUUGUGCCAUGCUAGUAAAGACUGGGAGAACAAGAAUCCUUACGAUACAAACAACGGACCUCUUAUACUACCUUGCCUCUACAGAUAUGCUUAUCACGAAGAUAAAGGAAUGCAACUAAAAGAUAGAUGUUUUGAUCAAAUAAAGCGAGUCAUGAGGCAAAGAGCCAUCAGCGUAGAUCUUCUCCCACAUGUAGAGGAAGCUUGUUUAGAUGAUCUUGCGCUAUUCUGCUUCGACAAAACGGCCAGAGGUGAAGAAAUGCUGUGCCUACAAGAUAAUUUGGAUAAAUUAGUCGAUAAAUGCAGAGUUGCCGUGGAAAAAUAUACCGAAGAAGAAGCUCAAAACACUGAAUUAAACCCAUAUGUUAUGUCGAAUUGUAGAAAAAUUAUAAACAGUUUGUGCUCUCUGGACACCAAGACUGAUGAAGGUACAGUCAUGGAAUGUUUGAUCGCGCACAAGAACGAUCCUCUCGUCAAAGCGAACAACAAGUGUAGGAUCAGUAUUGAACACUUCCAACUAAUUUCGUUGAAAGAUUUCCGCUUUUCCUACAAAUUCAAAAUAGCAUGUAAACCUUACGCUGUACGAUUUUGCCAAACGGCCAAAACUAAAGCCGCCGUUGUCUCCUGUUUGAGCGAGAAAGUAACGAACGACACUAUCGCCGGAGUCAAGAGUGUUGUACAGAAAGAAUGCAGACAACAAUUGAAAGCUCAACUGUUCCAACAACGAGAGAAUAUAAUGUUCGACCCCAAAUUGGCUCAAGCUUGCGAAUCCGAUAUCCGUGAGCAUUGCAACGAGAUCGAACAUGGCUCAGCUCAAAUCUUGGAAUGUCUUCAAUCGACUCCGGAGAAGAAGUUAACAGAACAGUGCCAGGUAGAGCUCUUCAAAGUUAAGAAACAGGAAAUCUCUGACAACGCCGUCGAUUACGCUUUGAUGACCGUUUGCGCAGAGAGCAUCCAAACGUUUUGCCCAAAAGUAGAACAUACUCAUAUCUUGGAAUGCCUUAAGGGGAAUAAAGAUGAGAGGGGCUUCAAUAAGAAAUGUCUGAUGAUCGUGAAGCACAGGAUGAUCGAGCAAAACUCCGACUAUCGUUUGAAUCCAGCGUUGCAAGAGAACUGCAAAAUGGAUAUUAAGAAGUUCUGUCAUGAUGUGGCCAUGCAAGCUAAACCAGAGAAGCAGUUGAACGGGGAAGUAAUCCGAUGCCUGAAGGAGGCUUUCAAACAUUCAAAGUUAACCAACAAGUGCGAGCGAGAAAUGUCUGGAAUCUUGAGAGAACAAGCUCUGGAUUUGCAACUAAAUCCUUUAUUAAGAGCCGUUUGCAGCAACGAGUUGGAAACGAUUUGUAAACAGGAAAGCGACGGUUCCGGAAAUGUGGAAGAAUGCUUGAAGGUGGCUUUGCUCAAUAAGAAAAUCCCAACGGUGGCGUGUCAGAACGAAGUAGCUAGUUUGAUAGAAGAAUCCCAAGCUGAUAUCCAAGUAGAUCCAUUGCUUCAGCAGACUUGCUCACUUGAUAUUUUGAAGUACUGCAGCGAAGUUCCUCAAGGAAACGGCAGACAUAUAAAAUGCUUGAAAAUAAUCAUGGAAGAUGCUAACAAACAAUUAACAACCGAGUGUCAAAAUAUGCUGAAGAAACGAUUGGAAAUGUACAAGAACGCAGCUCAGGUUGCCCCUCCGGAGAAUUUGGGCGAGCUUUACGUGCAAGUUGUAGAUUCACCGGCGAAACAUUACAUCUUCUUCCUCGUCAUUAUGGUCAUUGGAACGAUGUUCUUGAUUGGAAUCUUUUGCGGACGAAUCACCAAGCGACAAAUGUUCGUCAAAAAUAAAUGAUCACCACUGAUAGAUUAGAUAUAUUUAACAAUUGUUUUCUAGCUAAAGCGUUGCGCGCGUGGGAUUCAAAAAAAAAAAGUAAAUUGUGAUAGAAUGGCUUAACUUCUAAAAUAAUUUUAUGUUUUCAAAAUAUUUU